GUCACGGCGCGGCGGCGCGCGGCGGUCACGGGGCGCGCGGGGCGAUGGCGGCGGCCGGAGGGUGCCGGAAAUGUCUCCUCAGUGGCCUGUGGCUGCUCUCCAGGCGUUAUCCCAUCCCUGCCUUCCCCAGGAGUUCCCUGCACAGGAUCAGCAGCCCUGCCCUGGGCACCCCUCAGUCCAGAUGCUACUCCUCGGGAGGAAGGAAGGGAUUCAUCUCAGGUUUUGUGGAGAACAUCAAACAGGAGUUGGCCAAAAACAAAGAGAUGAAGGAAAGCAUUAAAAAAUUCCGAGAUGAAGCGAAAAAGCUGGAGGAGUCGGACGCGCUGCGGGAAGCAAGGAGGAAAUAUAAAACCAUUGAGUCUGAAACAGUGAAGACCUCAGAAGUGAUUAAAAAGAAACUUGAAGAAAUAACAGGGACAGUUAAAGAGAGUUUGGAUGAGGUCAGCAGGAGUGACCUGGGCAGGAAGAUCAAGGAGGGGGUGGAGGAAGCUGCCAAAACGGCCAAACAGUCUGCAGAGUCGGUGACCAGGGGAGGGGAGAAGCUGGGCAGGACUGCAGCCUUCAAAGCCAUCUCCCAGGGAGUAGAAACUGUUAAGAAAGAAAUAGAUGAGAGUGUUUUGGGACAAACUGGUCCCUACAGACGCCCGGAGCGGCUCCGGAAGCGGACGGAAUAUUCCGGAGAGAGGAUUAAAGAGCAGCGAGUGUUUGAAGCCAAUGAGGAAGCCAUGGGCAUGGUGCUGCAUAAAGACUCCAAGUGGUACCAGCAGUGGAAAGAUUUCAAGGACAACAACGUGGUUUUCAACAGGUUCUUUGAGAUGAAGAUGAAGUACGACGAGAGCGACAACGCCUUCAUCCGCGCGUCGCGCGCCGUCACCGACCGUGUCACCGGCCUGCUGGGUACGGGACAGCCCCGCUGCCCCUGCUGCUGCUGCUCCCCUGACAAGGAUCGCUUCCUGAAGCAGUGUGAGCGGGACAUCAUCCCCAACGUCCUGGAGGCUCUGAUCUCCGGAGAGCUCGACAUCCUCAAGGACUGGUGCUAUGAGGCCACCUACAGCCAGCUGGCCCAUCCCAUCCAGCAGGCCAAGGCUUUGGGGCUCCAGUUCCACUCCAGGAUCCUGGACAUCGACAACAUCGACCUGGCCAUGGGGAAGAUGAUGGAGCAGGGCCCAGUGCUGAUCAUCACCUUCCAGGCCCAGGUGGUGAUGGUGAUCAAGAACCACCAAGGGGAGGUGGUGGAAGGGGACCCGGACAAGGUGCUGCGGAUGCUCUACGUGUGGGCCCUGUGCCGGGACCAGGACGAGCUGAACCCCUACAUGGCCUGGAGGCUGCUGGACAUUUCCUCCUCCAGCACGGAGCAGGUGCUCUGAGCAGGGCUGGGCUGGGCCCUUCCCACCCCUCUGGAAGCAGCUCCAGCCCAGAACUCCCCACGGGGAGCAGCCCAGGCUGGGGAUUUUGGGAGAAGUGCUCCUGGUUAUCCCAAUCCCUGAGGAAUGGGAAUCCCUGCUCGGGAAUGGCUGGGACGAGCAGGUGCUGCUUUAUCCUCGUGCCUCAGGAGGCUCCUGGGAAGCCCACAGAGCUCUCAUUCCCACCUGCUGGCACCCCUGGAGAUCCUUGGAAAGGCCUUGGAGGGGUUCCUGGCUGCCAAUCUCCUGCCCAGGCUCCAGCCCCGUGUCCCUGCCGUGUCUUGCACUUUCCCAAACCAAAUACAACCAGGACUUUGCACAUGGAGGUGUUGGAUCCUCAGGUUGGUGCUGGGAUGGGGCUGAUAUUUAAAUAUCCAGCGGUGAGAUUUGUUUAUCCACAGCUUGGCAGGGGGAACGUUGUUGGUUCUGGUCACGGAGAGCCACAGCUGCAUCCCUUGGGAUGGUGGGGAAGGUGUGGGACAGGACAGGGAGUGUCUGAGGAGUGGAACUGCUUUGGGAACGCUGAAUUUUUCUGUCCCAUCCUGUCUCAUUCCCAAGAGGAAAGCUGUGCUCCUCAUCCCUGCACAGAUCCCAGGUCCAGGAGCAGAAACUUCCCCAGUUUGCUGCUGGAGCGUGGGGUAAAAUCCCCUUUCAGGCCCAAUCUGAACAAUGGGGUUUGAAAAUCCCAAAUCAUGAAAAAUUUUCCCCAAAUUCAGGUUCCUGUGGGGUUUGGGACUCUCUCCUCGAGCUUCAUGCUCCUGGGAGGAAGAGCAGGGGGGCUGUCUGAGGGGGAGCAGGAACUGUGGGAUUUGGGCUGCUGGAGGGGUUUGGGGGCCGAGGCUGCCCAUGGAAAGGAAGGUUGGGAAAAGAUUUGGAGAGGAAAUCCAAGGAUUGCUGUGGUGCUGAGGGUGAGGUAGGACAGCUCUGCCCUGCCAGUGUGAUUAAAGAGAAUAAUUCCA